AUCUCAUCUGAGGUCGGUGAGCUAGCAGGAGCAUAAAUUUCAUCACGUCAAGCUUACAUUGUUGUACGUCCACCUUCGGAGAAAACUUUGACAAAAAUGGCGAAGAACGGUGCUUUCAACAAAAUGUACCUGAUAGUGGCACUGGUCCUCCUCGGGUUGUCGAGCAUGGCUGCCGCCGUGGACGUCGCGUUCUUUUCGAACACAGUCGCAUGUUCCGGGCUUGGGACAAUUAGAACUGGCGCUUCCAGUCGUGUUUGCUACUACGGAAACGCAGGUUCAAUUAGAUUUACAGGUAUGAAUGUCUGCAGGAGCAGCAUUUACUAUAAAGGUGGCGUAUGCAGCACAACUCCAGGAGGAGGCCUUUCGGGAAACCGCUGCUACAUUGGUGGAGGAUUCACAUCCGCCUACUGGUAUCCUAGCUGCAGACGCCGCUCGCUCCUCGAUGAAGCUACUUCGAACGUAACUAAGUGCGACUUCAAAACCACAGGUCUCGUCUUCACCGAGGACUCAGCCAGAGGCACCUGGAUCCUCAAAUCCUCAAAUGCAACUCAAUUAAUGUCUCAGAUCGAGAAUUUGACGGAUGAAGAGAAAUUGAGUUGGUUCAAAGCCCACGGCGCAAGUUUUGAAGAUACUCCAGAUACCCAGAACGAGCCUUUGAACUGAAACUGAGGUCUCGAGCGGGCGUGGAACUGAAUUUGGGCGGAGCUGUUUGCACCAGAAAAUGUCUGUCCCAAGUAGUAUUCCUGGCUGCCAUACACCUGUUGAACCUAUCUUUACGUGGCUUUACAAUUGCCGAGCUAUUUCGUGUCUGAGAAUGAACUAAGACACUAGUUUCGUUUGAGUUUACCAAAUAGAGGUCGCAUCUUGCUAUUCGCAACCGACUCCGCCUUCAGUGCCUCGAGGAAAUAGGCAGAUGAAGGAAAUGCUUUGCUGCUUGCAGAGCCCUUGUAAUAAUGAGCAGUAUCAAUAAAUAAAUGAAUUUGUGUUAAACCCUGGAUAAAAUAAAUGCUAAACUUUCAAUU